CAGGCGCUGGUUACUCCUCCCCUCAGCCAGGCAGGGGGAGUCUCUGGCGGACGGAGGCCGGGGCUCUUGGGCGGGCUCCCGGCCGCAGGGGGCGCUCCGCCCGCCUCGCUUGGAAAACAGUCACACAUCGACCCACCACCGAGCUGCGGCUGCCGUCUGUUCCCCGGACGGACGAUCCAUGGUUCCCGCCGGCGGUUGUAGCCGCUUGGCCCUCAGCGUCCUGCUCCUGCUGGCCGGCGCUUCAGGUGAAUAUUGUAGGGCAUACACAGAUUCUGAUGGACGCACGUAUUCUGAAAAAUCCUGCCCACAGUUCUGCUGUGGAAACUGCAUCAGCCGAUAUUGCUGCUUGGAUAGGUCAUAUAAAUUUGGAGAAGAUGAACAAUUUAUGUGUAAUGUGCUGGACGACAGGACAUAUCAACCCAUCAAGGAAGAAACGUUGAAGUUGCGUUCACACUUCGAUGAUGAUUGGGAACCUAGACCCAGUUUUGGGACCUUUGUUGCUAUAGGGGUCACCCUCUUCGUGGUAUUCGUAGUCACUGUCAUUCUGUGCUUCACCUGUUCAUGCUGCUGCUUGUAUAAAACGUGUCGGAGGCCACGGCCUGUUGUGACCACCACAACUUCCACCACAGUGGUCCAUGCACCAUAUCCCCAGCAGCCCGGGAUACCACCUGGUUACCCAGUGGCACCCUAUCAAGGAUAUCAUCCUGUACCAGUCCAGCCACAACACGGAAUGCCAGCAGCACCCUACCCAACACAGUAUCCUCCACCUUAUCCAACGCAAGUUUCAGGACCACCAGCCUACCAUGAGACAGUGGCAGCUGGUGCUGGAGUGCCCUACCCAGUCAAUCAACCCCCCUACAAUCCUGCUUACAUGGACCCUCAGAAGCCCAUCUAUUGAAUGGAUUUUCUAUUAUGUCUCUGUGCAUAACUUUUUUGUAAAGUAUAACAUGCUGUUUACACCAUACAGCUGUAGCACAUUUUCUUAAAAUGCAGCAGUCCCUCGUUUCUCUGUAAAGAGAGAAAUCUAAAUCAGUAGCUUUUUAAAAUACACUGAGCUCAGCAAGCAAAAUAAUUUAUCACUUGAAGUUCACUCCAUACCUCAAGCAAAUACAAUAGGAGAACUUGUUCAAAUUCCAGUGACAAAAGGGUGAAAAGGGAAUAGUUCAGAUACAAGAAGCAUGGUAAUGUGUUUUGUGCAAUAAUUUGAAGGGUGUUAGAAAAGAAUGAUCAGAAAUAAGUUAAACAGUCGUAAGCACCCAAAGCUGUAGCAUUCAUCUGCAUAUUAUUAAAAUAUAAACCUAAUUGUCAGAAAACUUUUACUAAAAUUUGAUCUUCCUGUUUUCAAGUUAACAUGAUGAAUUAAGCUACACUUAACUUAGUGAUUUUUAAAGGGAAAUUUCCUUUGCUGGAAUAUAAUUGUGUUCAGAAAGGGAUAGUGGAACAUGUUCUAAUAGCUUUUUUCCACACUGGUUGCAUUUAUUUUGUGCCCAACAGGCAGGGGGUUGAUCUAUUCCUUUCCGAUUUUAAAGCUAAAAACAUGUCAAGUCACUAGGUGUCUUUUCACUUCCUUUAUUUAAUUCUCUCUUAUCCCUGGCAAAAAACAAACCAACCCUCCACUGUUCAAUUAAAUAAACAUGUCAAAAAGCUGAAAACCUAAGAGUGCUGCAUGAGAACAAUUGGAUGAGAAUUUGUUUGCUUCAUCAUUGCAAGUUUUGACUACGUUUUGAUAUUGCAAAAAAACAUUUCACCUUGACCGAACCAUGCAUUGUCCCUGUGAUGAAAAUACUGCUUCUCAAACUUGCAGAAGAGCAGUCUGACCCAGUUAUAAAUCCUGCUCACUCACGUGUGCAGUAGCUAAUUUUAAGAGAAAUGGAGAUGUACCCCAUGUGCCUGCCAGCAAGAUCAAGCCCUGGACAUCCUGAGUGUGUUUUUACGCUAAGACAGGAACUUUAUAAGGAAGAUAACCUCUUUCAAUAAAAUUAAAUAUUGACUUCAAAAAUACUGGGGGGAAAAAAUCUCAACAUGCUGUAUAGCAAAGACCAAAUCCUGCUAUCCUUCCAAUUUCCACUGAGUGUAAUGGGAGUUUGGACUAAGUAAAGAUGGCAGGAUUUGGACCCAGAGAUGCAAAGGAGCUUACUUUGGGGAGACUUGCACAUGUACAGGGGGAAAAAUUGUCUAUCAUAAAAGCUUUGUGUUAAAAUGUUGACUUUUAUAACCCAUUAUAAUUGUGACCAAUCACGGCAUUACUUUCCAUUUUAAAGCUUGUAUUUACCAAACUAGUCACGAUUUUAGACACACUGCACAAUCUGAUUUUUAAAAACCCUCAACAACUCUUCUCUAAAAUUGAAAUAGGCUUUUAUUGUCCAGUGAUGAAGCUAAUCAGUUAACUAUUACUUCAGUGCAGCUGAACUGAUGGAAUAUUAUGACAUUACUCUCAUUCUGGUUUCAUUUGUUUAGAGAUGUUUACAAGCUGCUUGUUUUUGGGUCCUGUACUUGUGAUAGGUUAAAAAUAUAUAUAUAUCUCAAGUUUGU